AUGCACGUUGCGCACGGGCAAGCCGGUGCAGCACGCGCAACACGCCAGCGCCAGCAGGUUGGCGGCGCUCUUGCACGCCGCUGCUGCAGUGCCCAUGGGACACGGCGGGAUGAACCAUGGCAACCAUCGCGAGGGGGCAAUCGUGACACAAGCGUCCUGAGGACGCGACCCCACGCGACGCGCGCAAAUCCCCCCAGGCUACCUUAUCUGACGCCCUUCGUUCUGCGCGCGCGAACGCAAGGACCGAAGCGAAAUCGCCGCAAGAAGAACGCGCGCUGCGCCGGCGCACAGCGCCUACGAAAAGAAAAACCUGCGCGACCGUACAGCGCACACCGAGAAAGUCCUCAGAUGCCGCGCAGCGAUGCUCCGGAAACCGACGCCGCCCACAUGCGCGCCUUUCGCCACUGCGUGACCCGCCGUGGCGCCACGAACUCGCCGCUUCCCAGACGACGUCGUAGACAGUCGCCCACCGGAGGACGACUGCGUCGACGCCGUCCUCCGCACGUCGUGUUCAUCUGCCGCAACGAACCUACGAGGCGUCUGGCCAUUUCUAACAGGGCAAGAGAAGGUCCCAAACUGCCACCGCGAGAUCGAGGAGUGACCAGCGCUUCCGAAGCGGGCGUUCAAACCGGUCGGCGGGCUUCUGCCGCACGAGUCGCGUGCCGCCCCCGACCAACGGCAAAAGGCCAUGACAAAUCCGCCGACGCUGCGGUAUGCCCGGACGGACUGUCAGCGGCGUAACGCACUCGGGAGAAACUCCCGUUACGAGCGACGGCGUAGUGUAGGUGGUGGGUACGGGUGUCUUCCCAACAGAAGACCAACAACCCGCGGAUCAGGGACGAGAGCCUGCUGCUACAGUGGAUCCCGAGGGCCUCGGAAGCAGAGCGUACGCGUCGAGAUAGGUAGCUUCAUUAUAUACGGUGCAGGGAGUCAAAAGCAUCCAAUCGGGAUAACGCCCCCCGAGAUGGUACAGCCGACCGGGGGAGACGUCGUGCUGCGACACAAGGCGCUCCGCAUUGACUACCCCGUCCGUUACGACUUUAUAGACCAGUUCGCAGCGAAGAGUUCCGCCGCGCCGACCCAAUCGCUGCCAUUACUUUGCCUGAACAAGGGGCCCCGGCCGUCGCCGUGGUGUCGCCGGCUCAGAACCAUUUUUGUCAGGUCGUCGAAAAAGGACAAGAAUGCCAGGGAGGAGGACAGUCGCGACACGGUCGACACACUGGCGGGGUAGUGACGCAGAGGGCAGGCUAGGUGGACGGCAUCGGGACCGUCACGCGGCGCUCACGGGUCGCUAUGAAACCGCAUACCCGGGGUGUCAAGGACCCCGAACCUCACGCAACACCCCCGCGCUACAGGGCGGAAGGAUGGGCUCGCCGUACACGCUUCUACCGGCGGGCCCUCGUCACUCACGGAGCCGUGUCCGAUUGCUCAUCGCAUUGCCCUCCCCCUGAAUAGUUCAGGUCCCGUCGACGGCCUCACGCACGGUCGAAGGACGACGUAGAAAGAAGGCGCUCCCGACUCCGACGUAGGUCGCUGACACGAUGAGGCCUUCAGAAGAGACACGCCGGAAGGAUUUGGGGGGAAGCAAGCGCCUCGACGCGUCUGUAAGUACUCCCAUCGCGUCGCUUCGAAAGAGAGGGGCGGACUGACGGCGGAUCCCGCCCCUACCUUGCCCACGACGGACGAGUGGAUCCCAUCCGUACCCAGGCCCCCUGGGGCCUUAUUUUAGAUUAGAUCAACUCAGAAUCGGAUCGGUUACUGUAGGGCUCGAUGCUCUACAGUACCAUCACGUGUACCCCCGAGUACAGGGGGCGCACGUGUACACGUGUACGCGCGGGACCGAAGAGCGCGCGCACACGUGUACUGUCAGCCCCAAUUAGAACUUUUUGUCGCUAAUCACGGCGCGUGCCAUGAUUUAAUUUUGGGAAGAUUUCUUCCUCAGACGACAGCGCACCAAUCAGGAACCGUGCUCUGAUUUUUUGGCAGAAA